AUGUCCCUGAUUGAUCAAGUCCUGGGAAAAUUUGGGAAGGGAAAGGAUUUGGUCCAUGUGUGCGGCCUUCCUAUCUCCGGUCUGGAAUUCGCUGUUAUAACGGAUUCACCGACAACAGAUACCCAAGAAGUUUCGUUCGCAGAUGCCUUCAAAGCAAAUGACAGAGGACAAGAUGUUAAUGAAUGUGAGCAAGUUGCUCAGGUUUGUGGAGGACAAGCUGUGUGUGAAAAUAUUCCGGGGAGUUACCACUGCAGCUGUCAGCCUGGAUUCCGUGGCAAUGGGAGCUACUGUGAAGAUGACAAUGAGUGUGCCUCAGGACAGCACGGCUGUGACACUAAUGCCCGAUGUGGGAACAUCAUUGGCUCCUAUUUCUGCCAGUGCUACCAGGGAUUCAAUGGAGACGGUUUCUCCUGCUUUGACAUCGAUGAGUGCUCCGUCAGUAAUGGGCAGUGCCAGCAGGUGUGUGUCAAUGAAGCGGGCAGCUUCAAGUGCCAAUGUAACAAGGGUUACACACUGACUGUCGACAGCAUGACUUGCACAGAUUUCGAUGAGUGUCUUGAUGAGAAUGCAGGUUGUAGUCAAAUCUGUACAAAUACCAAUGGGUCCUAUAUCUGCUCCUGUUCCCAUGGAUACCAGCUACAUGUUGAUAUGAAGCAGUGCGUUGAUAUUGAUGAGUGUAAGAUUGAUAAUGGCCGCUGUUCCCACUCCUGCACCAACAGAAAUGGAGGUCAUGUCUGUGGGUGCCCUAUUGGACUAGCGCUGGGCAAGGACAAAAGAACCUGUGUCAACAUCACCUCUUGUAAGAUGCAGAAUGGUGGCUGCGAACAUGUCUGCACAGAGCGAGUGGAUGGACAGGUGGAGUGUUCCUGCCACCUUGGCUGGAAACUGCUGGGUGACCGGAAGAGUUGUACAGCUGUUUGUAACCCAGUCUGUCAGAACUACGGGGUCUGUGUAACUCCUGAUACCUGUGACUGCCCUGCUGGAUACCCCGGGCCAGGCUGCUCUGCAAUGUGUUCCCCACCAUGUUCUCAUGGUGGGACGUGUAUGAGGUCCAACACGUGUCUGUGUCCCCAGGGCUGGGCCGGAGCUGGCUGUCAGACAGCUGUGUGUGACUUGCCCUGUGCUAACGGAGGGAGGUGUAUUGCGCCCAAUACUUGCCAGUGUCCUUCUGACUACACGGGGAAACAGUGUCUCACAGCCAUGUGCACUCCACGCUGCCUGAACAAAGGGAAGUGCAUCGAUGUCAAUAAGUGCUUCUGUCCCAGAGGGUGGCAGGGAGCUCGCUGCCAGAUUGAGCCAGUUGUGUGUGUCCCGAAAUGUAAAAAUGGAGGCACGUGUGUUGGAUACAAUAAAUGCCGAUGUCGCAGCCAGUUUACGGGAAAGAACUGUGAGACAGCUGUGAUCACUCCGUGUGUUCCCCUGUGCCAACAUGGAGGCACCUGUCAACAGUUUAAUAAAUGUGAAUGUCCCGAGGGCACUGCAGGAAGUCGGUGUCAGAAACUCACGUGUCCCCUGGUGACGAUGACCGUGAGCACAGUCAGAGCCACUCGCCAGGCCAUUCGCCAGAGCUACAUGGACAGGUGUGGGCCACUGGGGGUCCAACUUUGCAUCAAGUACAGGAUGAAUCAGCUCCGUGUCUAUGUACAGGCUUACAUGGUGGCUUACAAGAUACUGUGCCCCAAACGAGGGAGCGGGCAGUGACGGCACUGAUGCUGCAUGUGUUGGUUUGUGGCACGAUCACCAGGAAGAGAUUCACCACAAGUUUACAGUUAGUUACACAGUCCACAUGUAUCUCUGUGAUCAAGGAUUCUCCCACUGAAGCUAGUUAAAGAUGAUGAAAUGUCAGACUGAUUCAGCCCAUCCAGGUUUGCUGCUGCGUUGCUGUUCACAAAUCGGAAAAUGUCCUGGGUACAUCCCUGUCCACACAAACUGCCAGCUCCAUCACUUACUGCUGUUACAACCCUGUUCUUACACAACAGUAACUUACAUUUAUAUUGGGACAUAAGAACAAGAGGAGGCCAUUCAGCCCCUUGAGU